CAUUUUGAACGAAAAAAUCAACGAAUUGUCCAGCGAAUCUCAAUUACAACUAAAGUUUUCUGAGCGCAUUCGGAAACCUUCGCAGCACACGAGGUUGGUCGUGUCAUGAAAACAAACUUUUCAGAGUCACUUUGUACUUUUCCCCGUCAGCUUAUAAUCGAAUCAACAUUCAAUUGUAGCCACGAAUCUUUCGCCAAAUCAAAUCCACUACAGAUGUACGCUCAAAUACAUUCAGAUUUGGUGACACUCACGAAAAAGAUUGUUCAGUUCUUCAGUCCGUGCAUCAUUCUAGCACUUCUCGGUCACCUCAUUUUAAUGGCUUCAGAUCUCUACAUCAUUGCUAUGAUCCUAUCGAAUGAAGAAUCUUGGAAAUUGAGGGACAACCUAGCACUGGCGGUGCUGAGUGCUUGGUUCAUAUUUCACUUGGCAGAGACCGUGGUUCUUAUGAGCAUUACUGAUGCAAUCGCCAACGAGGCCAAUCGAGCUGGAACAGUCGUACAUCAAUUGCUCUUGAGUUCAAUUGCGGACAGUUACGUAAAUACGGGACAACUUUUGUCUCUUGGUUUACUGCACGGACAUCUGACUAUUUCCUUAUGGGGUUUACUUUGUAUGAGGCUCUCAAUAGUGCACACGAUUUUUGGCACAGUCGUAAGUUAUAUAACGAUUAUGAUGCAAUUCGACGGCAUAGAUCUGCAAGCGACGAAAUAGAACAGAGACGAAAACUUCAGAGCCAAUUGGGGAGUCUCUUCUGCAAUUCAUCUUCGUUAUAUUUGAUGACAUCACGAUAAAUCUUGUACAGCGAACGAUUAAAAAGCAUUUUCUAUCUAGAAUCAUGAGUAUAUUCUGUGAAUAGUAAUUCGUUCAAAAAAACCGUCGGUCGACCUUCAUUACAUGGUUUCAUAUCGCUACGAUAUUCUCUAGUAACGGCUUCUUCAGCUAAAACGUCAUGACAGGAACGAUAAAAGAGAGUGCAUCAAUUUACUAUUUAUAAGAGCGGAAUG